AUGACAGACGGGCGGAGCGCCGUGGCGGAGUACGGCACGCAGGGGGACGCCUGGAAGGCCGUCCACGCCCUGGUGGUCAAGGGCGAGCUCACGGUCGAGAAAAUCUACGAGAAGAAGGACAACAGCGGAGGCGGAGUUGAGGGAGCAGGCUGCAGCAUCUUCAUAGGCAACCUCAGCUUUGAGGCCACGGAGGCGGAGCUGAGAGAGCGCGUCGACAACGUCGGAAUCGUGAAGCAGCUGAGGCUCGUGUGCGACAGGGACACCGGCCAGCGGAAGGGCUACGCCUUCUGCGACUUCCACGACGCGUUCACCGCAGACGCCGCGAUCCAGGUGAUGGACGGCAUGGAGCUCCACGGCCGCAAGCUGAGGGUCACCCUGUCCACGGUGGCGCGCGGGGAGAAGCCGCCGCCCAAGGCCGACGCCGCGGACGCCAGCGCGAAGGCGGCCUGCCGCGCUGUGAUCACCGGCCUGCCUGAGGACUGGCUCGCCAUGGGCCAGGAGGACCUCUGCGAUCAGCUGAAGGUGUACCUGGAGACCUUCGGCAAGAUGACCAAGGACCCCGAGGCCGAGCGCACGAACGGGAAGUGGCAGCAGGUGUUGGUGGAGUACGAGACUCCCGAGGUCGCUGAGCAGACUGUGCAGGUCAUGAACAGGUCGGGCUUGUUCGAGAUGAAGCUGCUACCUGUCUCCAAAGUUGGUAAGAUGCCUCGCCAGCGCAACCCAUCCGAUGAAAAGAAAACCGUGUUCGUGGGCAACAUCGGGCGGGAGGCCGACGAGGACCAACUCCAGGAGGGGCUGGAACAGCACGCGGGGGAGCUGCGGAACCUGCAGUCGGUGAGGGUGGCGAGGGACAGGGACACCAAGGAGAGCAAGGGCUUCGCCUUCCUGGCCUUCGGGGACGAGCCCUCCGCCGCGGCGGCCCUGGAGCAGCUGCGCGGCGCGGGCGGCGAGCUGUGGGGCAGGAAGCUGCGGCUGCGCCACGCGCAGGGCGGAGCGGAAGCCGAGCACGGAGCCCCGGGCCGCGAGCGGUCCCGCUCGCGCGACCGCCGCGACCGCCGUGGCGCGCGCCCCGCCGCGGUGGUGGUGACGCUCUUCGUGGACGAGCUGUCGAUGCCGCGCCGCCCCCGGCUGGAGCCCUGCCGCGGCGACCGCGAGGUGUGGGCCGAUCCGCUGCUGGACGAGGCCGGCAGCCACGAGUGGCUGCGGGAGUUCGGGGAGGUCGAGGACGUGUUCCGCAUCCCCGACGUGGGCACCGGCAAGGAGAGCGACCGCGGCUACGCGAGGUUCGCGUCCCACGACGCGGCCCUGAACUGCGUCCGCUCUGGGCGUGCGACCUGGUCCGAGUCCGAGAGGAUUCUCUCAUCGUCGAAGGGCGGCAAGGGCAAGGACGGGGCCUCGCAGGACCCCGCAGCCGAGUCCACCAGCUUGAACUUCAAGGUGGUCAUCGACAAGACGUCCGGGCGGAAGCUCGGUGUGAACGUGGACCACAAGACGGGCGGCGCCACUCUGCGGAUUGAUUCGGUGACUGGCGACCUCUUCCAGGAAUGGAACCAGAGCUGCGCGCAGCGUGGCAGCCCCGAACUGGCAGCUAAGCCCGGCGACUGUAUAGUCGAGGUAAACGGCAUUCGCGGAGAUGCGCUCCAGAUGCUGGAGGAGCUGAGGCAGAACAAGAGGCUUGAGCUGCUGAUCAACCGCAGCCCGAAGUCCGGAGGCGGGCGCCGCAGCGCGUACCCAGAGAACAUCAUGGCUGAGCUCAUCGGGCAGAAGGGCCACAACAUCAGCGGCCUUCAGAACGAGAUCGGGGCCAAGUUUCUUGCUGUCCGCGGUAAGGAGCUUGAGGGCCCGUACGAGAGGGAGCUCGAAGACAAGAACGCCCGGCUCCACUUCGUGUGCAAGGGCGACGCCGACUGCGCCUCCAAGCUGCAGCCACUCCUCGAGAAGGCGCUGGCAGAGAUACACGCGCGCGUGUCUGAGCGGAUCAAGAGCGGCUACUACGAGCGGGAGACGAGGUCUGGACAGGGCGGCGCGCCGGCGAAGCCGGAGAGGCGUCCGGCCUCGCAGGGCCCAGGUCUGUGGGCGAGCCCCGCGGUGCUCAUGGCGCACGUGAUGCCGCCGGCGGGCAUGCCGAAGGAGGGCUGCCGCCCGAUGGCGCCGCCCCCGGGGUGGACCCCGCCGCCGCCGAAGGCCCCUCAGGCGCCCGGCUCUCAGGCGCCGCCUUUGGCGCCGCCGCCGGGGACGUGGGGCGCGCCGCCCCCAGGCUUCCCGCCGCAGCCCGGCUAUGGUUGGGGGCCGCCGCCGCCGCCCGGGGUGCCGCUCCCUGGCCCGCUGCCGCCCGGGGCGCCCUUCGGCGGCCUGCCGCCCGGGGCGCGGCCGCUGCGCGACUACGCUCCCGAGGCCAUCGAGAUGCUGCGCCACCACGGUGUGCUCGACGAGUCCUUCGACGAGGGCACGGUGGCGGAGUUGCUGGACGAGCACUUCGGGUGGCAGUCCGUGGUGGAUGCCGUGCAGGUGCGGCCCUACAUGGACCGGUUCCUCCAGGUAUGCAGCGAACUGAAGGUCUCGGUGUGCGGCGCCAGGGUCGCGCCCACGCGGGCUGCAGCUCGCUCGGCCCCGCCGCCGUCGCUGCCGCGGCCGUCCUCGUCUGGAGGGCCAGCGCCGUCCUCGUCGCGGCCGUCGCGGGCGCCCAGGCACGAGGCCGAGGCGCCAGGGCGGCCGGAGGCCGCAGAGGCCGAGGCCGAGGCCGAGACCGAGGCCGAGGCCGAGGCCGAGGCCGAGGCCGAGGCCGCAGUUCAGUCGCCGUGGCGGCCCGCCGUGUGGCGGCCAGGGGCCACCGAGGCCGCCGAGGCCGCCCGGCCCGAGGCCGAGGCUGCUGCGAGCGGCCCGCCGCGCAGCCUGGAGGCCGAGGCCGCGGCGCCCGAGGCCGAGGAGCGGCCGCCGCGGAGGCGGCCGGGGCCGACGGAGCGGCGCGCCGACGAGGCGCCGUGGCGGCCGGCCUCCAGCAGCAGGGAGGGCCGGGGGGGGCCUGGCGGCGAGGAGGGCCAGGGCGGCGCCGCGCCGCGCCUCGCGCCGCUCGUCUCGAAGGUCGCCGGCGCGGCGCCGCGCGCGGCGGGCGCCGAGGCGCAGGGCGCCGGGGGGCCCGCGCGCGCGCGGGCUCGCGUGGGCGAGCAGCAGAGCGGCGCGAGCCCGUGGAGCACCUUUGUCCCCAGGCGCGAGGUGAGCGCCGAGGGCGACGAGCCCCCGCUGCCGGCCGGCCCGCCGCCGCCAGAGCAGGCCUCGAGCCUGCCAGCGGGCAAGCGACCGCUGCAGCCCCUGUACCCGGGCGCGGAGCCGUGGGGCUCUGGUCUGCCGCGAGCGCCAGUGCAGGCAGCGGAGCGCGGCGCGGACCUCCCGGACGAGGGUGUCCGGAGACCGGCGAGCGCGGAGGGCCGAGGGCACCCAGAGAUGGGCGAGGAGUAGCUCUCGGCCGGCCAAGGAUGGCGAGGCUGUGCGCGAAGUGGAGGAGGAGGACGGCGACGUCUUCGCGCCCGGUGACCCCCGAGAGGAGGAUGGCGCCUUCGUGCACACCAGCCUCCGGGAGGACGCCCUCGAACAUGAUGGUGAUCGUGCGUCGGCUGAGGCUUAUUUGCAGCAAGUCGACGCGCUAUUCGCAUCAGUCGAAGACGACUAGCUAUCACCGGCCACAAAGAAAGCC